GCUAGAAUGUAACUGGAUGACGUCUGAGCACGUGACACGCGGAAGCGUCGCAGCAGAGCUCAAGCGCGUCUCAUCGGCGUGACCUACAAGUUAAUCUUUUUGUAAGCAACAAAAAAUGAAUUGGUUAUGAUUGAAGAGCCUUCGCUAAAAAGCAAAAAUGGACCCCAACUUACAAUACUGGCAAAGCAAUGGACAGUCUUUUCUAAGCAGGCUGCGUCUCUGGUUCAAAAUCCUCGACCCCAGUUCUUUGUUGUCAUCACAGGCUGAAAUUGAGCAGGCACGGGUACUUCUUCAGAAUGAAGGACAUACGCAAAGAAAGGAAAAAGUUGCUAAUGCCUGGUUACUGUCUCUUUCUUCUGUCCAUCCUGAUACUGGAGGUGUAAUCUCACCAGUUUUUCGUUCUCAAGUUUUUCUACCCAUAUCUGCUCCCUUGGUUGUUGCAAGUUUAAUACCCCACAAAGGCAUCAAACCUGCAUUGUUCUGGCAAUUUUUGCUUCAGGCAUACUGUGCAGGAUUCAACCAUUCUAACAGAAAUGCCACAGCGACUAAGGAUAACAAAACGUCAAUGAAGCAGUCCAUUCUUAUUGUUGGAACAGUAGCCUACUCAACAUUUGCAGGGGCUCUUCCUCAGAUUAUACUCAAGCGUUUUAGACUCUUAGGUGCUGUGGCUGAGAGCUUCUCUAGAUCAUUGUUACCUAUUCCUCUCUCAACCUGUCUAGCUGCAUUCAGUGUAAUGGUGGUGAGAAGUGAAGAGGCCGAUAAUGGAAUCCGAGUGUUUGAUUCUAACGGAAAUGCCAUUGGAGUCUCGGCGGCAGCUGGAUCUAAGGCCAUAAAGGAAACGGCCCUUUCUAGAGCAGCUCUCUUUGGCACCACUGCAGCAGUUCCCACUUUACUGCUGGCUCUCCUUAAAAGGGCGAAGUUUGUCCAAAGGAACCCGAUGAUAAUCGCUCCUGUUCGCCACAUCAGUACUGCCAUUAUUUUUGGCCUGAUGAUUCCUGUGUCCUUCAGUCUUUUCCCACAGUUUGGCAAGAUAAAGAAGGAAAGUCUAGAAGAGGAGUUUCAGUCACUUGACAGUAACCAGGAACUGUUUUACCACAGAGGACUGUAAUGUUGCUAUUACCAACUUUACUACUUGACGAUGACUUUUAUUGACACCGAAAACAAAGUAUAUUAAAGUCCAGUGCAUUUCAACAACAUUCAAAAAGGUGGUUACUUUAAGUUUUAAAAGCAUGCAGUAUUUUCUCGAAAGGCUUUUUUAAUUAAUAAUCAAUGCUGUACUAAUAUUGAAAGGAAGUACAACUGUAUGGUUCUGAAUUCAUAUUCAUUUAAUAGCUGCAUUUCAGUCUGAAAAGAGUUUUAAACUGCACUGAAGUGAAUUGAACCAAAUCAUGUUAAUAACACCAUCUGUUAAUGUCAAUAAAAUUAAUUUAACACA